UGGAAGUUGAAGUUUAAGAUUUCUGCACCGAGCCUACGCAAGCGUGGAUAUCUGUCCCCGGCAACACUGGGUGCUGAAGUCAAAGCUUGGAAAAAGAUGCCCGAGCAUCCUACCACCUUUAACGAAGGCAUCGAGAGCCUCAAAGAUUUCCGUAAAGUAACACGUUAUUGUAAAGGUAGCAGGGACGUAGGCGAACUGCUCUUUACAGCUCUACUACAAGGCCUUAGUAUUAAGGCCCGUAUAAUCGUCAGUUUGUAGCCUGCUAGCUUUAGGUUCAGUCAGGCGGAAGAAGGAAAACCAAAGAACCUCAAAAAGGUAAAGUACGCUAACAAGAAGCCUGUCGUAACGCCUGCGAAGACGACGCCGGCCAAAG